AAGGCGGCCCGAGUCGGGUUACAAGAUGGCGGCGGCGCUGUGGUAGCUGCCGAGGCGGAGCGGCGCCAGCGAGGCCCGGGCCGGGGCGCGGCGGCGCCGACCCGCCAUGGACAGCGGCGCGGUGCAGGCCCCGCGCUGCCCCUGAGCGGCCCGGCCGCCCCGCUUGCUCCCCGCCGCCCUCGCCCCAUCGCCCCCGCGGAGGCGGAGCGGGCCCGGGGCUGCACCAUGUCGGACACCCGCCGGCGGGUGAAGGUCUACACGCUCAACGAGGAUCGGCAAUGGGACGACAGGGGCACCGGGCACGUCUCCUCCAGCUACGUGGAGCGGCUGAAGGGGAUGUCGCUGCUGGUGCGCGCCGAGUCGGACGGUUCACUACUGUUAGAAUCGAAGAUAAAUCCAAAUACUGCAUAUCAAAAACAGCAGGACACCCUGAUUGUUUGGUCAGAAGCAGAGAACUAUGAUUUAGCACUGAGUUUUCAAGAAAAAGCUGGCUGUGAUGAGAUUUGGGAAAAAAUCUGCCAGGUUCAGGGCAAGGAUCCCUCGGUGGAAGUCACACAGGACCUUAUCGAGUCGGAAGAGGAGCACAUAGAGGAGAUGCCUGAAACCAGUCCCUUGAUUGACCUUCCCACUUGUGAACUCAACAAACUUGAAGAGAUCGCCGACCUCGUUACCUCUGUCCUGUCCUCGCCCAUCCGCAGGGAGAAGCUGGCCCUGGCCCUGGAGAACGAAGGCUACAUCAAAAAACUGCUGCAGCUCUUCCAAGUGUGCGAGAACCUGGAGAACACGGAGGGCUUGCACCACUUGUACGAGAUCAUCCGGGGCAUUUUGUUCCUCAACAAAGCGACUCUGUUCGAGGUGAUGUUCUCUGACGAGUGCAUCAUGGAUGUGGUGGGAUGCCUGGAGUAUGACCCUUCUUUGGCUCAGCCCAAGCGGCACAGGGAGUUCUUGACCAAAACGGCAAAAUUUAAGGAGGUUAUUCCUAUCACAGACUCUGAACUCAGGCAAAAAAUCCACCAGACUUACAGGGUACAGUAUAUUCAGGACAUCAUCUUGCCGACACCAUCCGUUUUUGAAGAGAAUUUUCUUUCUACCCUCACUUCCUUUAUUUUCUUCAACAAAGUUGAGAUUGUCAGUAUGUUGCAGGAAGACGAGAAGUUUCUGUCUGAAGUUUUUGCACAAUUAACAGAUGAAGCUACAGAUGAUGACAAACGGUGUGAACUGGUGAACUUUUUCAAGGAGUUCUGCGCCUUCUCUCAGACGUUACAACCUCAGAACAGAGACGCGUUUUUCAAAACUUUGGCCAAGUUGGGAAUUCUUCCAGCUCUUGAAAUUGUCAUGGGAAUGGAUGAUCUGCAAGUUAGAUCUGCUGCUACAGAUAUAUUUUCUUAUCUGGUAGAAUUUAGCCCAUCCAUGGUCCGAGAAUUUGUAAUGCAAGAGGCCCAGCAGAGUGAUGAUGACAUCCUCCUCAUCAACGUGGUCAUCGAGCAGAUGAUCUGUGACACUGACCCGGAGCUGGGGGGAGCUGUGCAGCUCAUGGGGCUGCUGAGGACCCUCAUCGACCCCGAGAACAUGCUGGCCACAGCCAAUAAAACAGAGAAAAGCGAGUUUCUCAACUUCUUCUACAACCAUUGCAUGCACGUGCUGACGGCGCCGCUGCUGGCCAACACGGCCCAGGAGAAGGGGGAGAAAGAUGCAGUAGUUGGAUCCACUAAGAGUAAUACAAUUUGUCCUGAUAAUUACCAAACGGCACAACUACUUGCCUUAAUUCUGGAGCUGCUUACUUUUUGUGUGGAGCAUCACACAUAUCACAUCAAGAACUACAUCAUGAACAAAGAUUUGCUGAGAAGAGUCCUGGUCUUGAUGAAUUCCAAACACACCUUCCUGGCCUUGUGUGCUCUUCGCUUCAUGAGGAGGAUAAUUGGGCUGAAGGAUGAGUUCUACAACCGUUACAUCACCAAGGGAAACCUCUUUGAGCCAGUGAUCAACGCGCUGCUGGACAACGGCACCCGCUACAACCUGCUCAACUCGGCCGUCAUCGAGCUCUUCGAGUUCAUCCGGGUGGAAGACAUUAAGUCCCUUAUUGCACAUAUAGUUGAAAACUUCUAUAAUGCACUUGAAUCUAUUGAAUAUGUUCAGACAUUCAAGGGACUGAAGACAAAGUACGAGCAAGAAAAAGACCGACAGACCCAGAAGCUGAACAGCGUCCCCUCCAUCCUGCGCAGCAACAGGUUCCGCAGGGACGCCCGAGCCUUGGAGGAGGAUGAGGAGAUGUGGUUCAAUGAGGAUGAGGAGGAAGAAGGAGAAGCUGUUGUCCCUCCAGUCGAGAAGUCAAAGCAGGAGGAUGAUUUCCCAGAUAGCUAUGAAAAAUUUAUGGAGACUAAAAAAGCUAAGGAGAGCGAAGACAAAGAGAAUCUUCCAAAAAGGACUUCAGCUGGGGGAUUCAAAUUCACUUUUUCCCACUCAGCCAGCGCAGCCAACGGUGCCAACGGUGCCAACAGUAAAUCGGUGGCAGCUCAGACGUCCCCGGCGAGCUCCAACGGCUCCUCCUCCAAGAGCACGGCCCUGGCCCCGGCGGUGACGGCCCCCAAGGGAAGUCUAGUUGGCCUAGUGGAUUAUCCUGAUGAUGAAGAUGAUGAUGAAGAGGAGGAGACAUCUCCAAGGAAAAGACCUCGUCUGGGUUCAUAAAAGAAACCAAAACUUUGGAAUAAGAACUUUUCCUACGGGGUUUCAAAUGCUGCAACUGUUUCAAGAGCUAAAAAGAGUCUGAUUCAGAAAGCUUUCUCCCAUGAGUAAAUAAGAUAAUACGAGGAGUAGCAAAAGAAACUCGGUGUAUCAGCUAGAAAGGGUUAGUUCUGUAAACACAAAGCUUCCAAGGAACUUAAUGUCUUUCUAGAGAGUAAGGAGUCUGCCAUUCAGGCUGUCAAAAAAAUGAAAAAUGAAAAAAAAAAAAGUGGGUUAGUAUUCUCAGAACCUGGAUGAUGGCUUCUCAGCAAGGAAAGUCUCAGGUGUCGGGAGGGCAGGGGGAGGGAAAGGUAUGGUAAUACUUUUUUUAAAAUAUAUUGCAGGGUUUCCCCAGUGUUUAACAGAACUAGGAAAAAAAAAAUAAAAGUCGAGCUUAAAUUUUGAACCCAGUAAUCUUAAUUUUGUAAUGGUGCUGUCAGUUGUGUUCUUUUAGCAAUGCCUCUUUUAAAAACAAUUUUAAGGGAAAACUAACUCUGUUUGCAUAAGAACAAUCCAUGUUUUGGGACCAUUUCUUACCAACUAAAUGACAUUUCUCAUGGUUGGAGGGAGGGAGGCUGCAGUUCCAGUGCAUGUGGAGUUGGUCAAACAGUUCAGGGGAGCUUUGAGCUCUGUUUCCCCAGAGGAGAGAACGAAGCUGGAUCCAGAAUGGGAGGUUUGCCUUGGUUUUUUGGGUUAGAUAGUGUCAGUAAUAUCAAUGCCAAGGAGCAAAAGCUUCCCCAGUGUCUGCAGGAGCUGCUUGGUGCUGUCCAUGGCACAGCCCAGAACUGCUGGCGUCGAGGUGGGCGAGAUCCCGAAUUCCAGCCGCGCUCCCUGUCGCUCCAAGAGCUGCCUCAGCUGGAGCAGCCCCUGUGUGUGAGUUCACGUUGCAGGAUCGAGGUGGGAAUGAGAAACACUAACAGGCUUCUCCUCGGGAGGAAUUAGAGCAGCACGUCAACACCCAGGUCAGCGUGGAUGGACCAAGCUGGAAUUAUUGCCAAGGGAACACCGGGAUCUGGGGCGGGAUCAACAAGCAGCACCUGAACCUGGGUGGGACAGAAGCUGCUUUUUUAACAAACAAAAGCACAUUCCACGUAGGUGACAGGGAGAGGGCAGUUGGGGGAGGCAAACAGUCCGGGUUUUAUUUCGCAGAGCAGCACGUGAACUGUAAAUAUUUUAAUGUUAGUUUGCCCGUUGUGAUCCGAGAUCAUGGCAGAGCGAGAGGAAAUUUCCCAAGUGUUAAAGGAUGGAACCAGCUGCAAUCCACCACAUAGGUCACUCUUGUAAUACGUGUUAUGGGUCCAUUUCUCCUGGAAUAGUUUAAACUGAAGCAGUUUCUCUGUUUUGGAGAUUAUUUUUUUUUUGGUAGUUUUAAUUUUAGCUCUUGUUUGGAAAAAGAUGGGCUGUCUGUGUAGAUAUGAAGUAUAGUUUUUUUCCAUAAAACAGAAGUUUAUUUUGUAUUAAAGAUACCACUGUACUUGUUUUACACCAUUUGUAUACAUGUGGUGAUAUUAAUGCUGAACUGUAAAAUUCAGGAAUUAAAAUGUGACCCUGUAAUUCCAUAA